GUUCCAACCUCUUCCUGUGAAAGAGCAAGCGAGCGAGGGCUUCAGAGUGUCGUGCAUUUGUUGGCUUUGAAAAAACUUCUUUCUCAAUGGACGCAACGGAAUUAUGGAGGCUUCGUCGCAAGGUUCGGUCCAAACAAAGGGGCUGAUACCAAAGCAUGAGGCUAAUGCCACAGUCUACUUGGAUUUCAUGAAGAGUCACUGCUGCUAUGAUGCCAUUCCAAUUAGUUGUAAAUUGAUCAUUUUUGAUACCAAGCUACAAGUGCAAAAGGCCUUUUUUGCACUGGUGGCAAACAACUUGAGGGCGGCUCCUUUAUGGGACAGCAAGUUGAAAAGAUUUGUGGGUAUGCUGACUAUUACAGAUUUCAUCAACAUCAUUCAUUGCUACUACAAAUCCCCUUUGGUGCAGAUGUAUGAGCUGGAAAACCACAAGAUUGAGACCUGGAGAGAUGUCUAUUUAAAGUGCUCCUAUCCAUUUAUGAUUAGUGUUUCACCAGAUGCCAGUCUCUUUGAUGCCAUCUAUUCCUUACUCAAACACAAGAUCCACAGGCUGCCUGUCAUCGAGCCAACAUCCGGCAAUGUUCUGCACAUUCUUACGCACAAGAGGAUACUGAAAUUCCUCCAUAUAUUUGGAGAUAAGGUUCCAAAGCCUGCGUUCGUUCAGAAGCAGGUUCAGGAGAUUGGAAUCGGAACUUUCAGGAAUAUUGCCACUGUUCAGCAAACAGCAACACUUUACGACGCUCUCGACAUAUUUGUGGAAAGGAGGGUGUCGGCUCUUCCGGUGGUAGAUGAAAACGGCAAAGUGGUGGCACUCUACUCCCGAUUUGAUGUUAUUAACCUGGCAGCCCAGAAGACGUACAACAAUCUGGACGUGACAAUGCUGGAAGCUGUCAAUAGGCGCACGUGUUUCAUGGAGGGUGUUAUCAAGUGCUAUCCAGAUGAAACCUUGGAGACCAUCAUAGACCGCAUUGUCACAGCUGAGGUCCACCGCCUGGUGCUCGUGGACAGAGCUGAUGUGGUGAGGGGCAUCAUCUCACUAUCAGACCUGCUUCAGGCUAUGGUCUUAACACCGGCGGGUAUCGAGGCCCUUUUAUCCUAGCAGCAUAUUGUUUGUGGAGGAUGCCACCUUCUUCCCAGGCAGGUAGGCCCAUCCUCCCGUCGUAAACUAGUGCCUAGGACAGUCCUAUCGAGUUGAAGCCUCAGGCAUACAAAAUGUGUCUGGAUUUUCUUCUGAACAUUUGAUGUCUUUCAGAAAUCACAGUGUGAAUGAGAUGACGAAUGCAGCUGCUGUGCAGUUGUUUCAAAACAACUUGAUCAGUACGUGUUGCUCAUUUUCUAUAUUGAACACAUUGUUG